AUGGCCAACUCCCUAGCUCAACUAGCUGAAGGGGACCCAUCCCUUGACCAUUCACUGCGCCUUCUGGGGGUCAAGUUAAACGAUCGGCUUCUGAAAGUCCCUGCGGACGAGGCUCAACAUUUGACGCAAGAGGAUGUCGAGGGAGCUAUCGCUUGCAUCGACACACUCAAGUCGAUCCAGAUCUUGUUUAACCUCAACCAGGGGGAGGAUUUCUUCGGUCCCUGCAUGCGGCCCGAUACCAAUGAAUCGGAAUUCAUACCGUGGUUAUCGCCUCUUAUCCCAUCGCUCCAAGAAAUAUGCCUACUAGUCGAAGAUGGCUUGAGCACCGGAUCCGUCUUGGACCAGAUUCUAAAAGAGUGGUGCUCGAUACCGAGGACCUUCAAGGAGGCUGAUGGCGAUCUUACGACCAUGUGGAUUGGGAAACUUGACCUCGAGCACGCUCUGCAAGAGCUCGAGAAGAUACACCGGCAGAACAAAGCGCACUUGCUGGCUCAAUCCCCAAGCAGAUCCCCAAAACCAGAGCUUCGGAGGGGUCGCUCAAUGGCUUCCUCGCCACGAAUUUCGCGUCCAGCAUCUAUCGGCGACGCACUGAAUGCGAGCCAACAGGAAGAGGGCAUCUACGACAUCAUCGCUGAUGGAUGGGAUGAUGAGACUACCAUCGCCGAUUCCGCGGCUCCAGGACAUGUCUCUCAGGGCGAGGUAACGGGAGACGGGCUUCAGGACAAAACUUCACCACUUGUUCAGCAGCGCCCCCAUUACAGUGUUCCCUCCCAUACGUCAGACCAUGGCUCUGAGAUGUCUGAGUACGACCCAUAUCGUCUCAUAGAUCCAGUUUUUGGCAAAGAGAUGGAACAGCCGCGCAGCUUGUUACGCCAAACGCCCAUUCAAGACGCACCCAAUGGGAUUGAGAGUCUCCAUCCCACUCCGCAGUGGAUGAUUGAUCGCGAGGCCAUUAGGGUGCAGCGUUCCAAUGCACCUGUGGAUGUCCAAAGCAUCAGGAGCCGCCAUUGUACACCACAGCAGGUGCGCGAUCGUUCGAGCAACAACAGGCGGCUAUCUCGAGAGGCGCCGGUAGAAGGUGCGCCGGCAAGCCUAGGUAAAGCGAACCAGCCCCGCUCACUUGCUGGAGAAUUUGAAGGCCUAGUCGCUGGCCAGCUCUUACAACAACGACCCGUCGGACUGGCAGCGGACCCUGCAGCGCUUCCGGCGCCUCCGAGCAAGGCCAAGAGCAGGGAAGAAUCGCGUUACACCUACCGCCAUACCCCCUAUGGUAGAUCUGAAGACGAGCCAGAGUCACAAGACGACCCUUAUUCCAUGAACAUGGAUAUCGCAGAAGUCGCCGAAGGCCUCAACACCGACAUCUUCCGAGGACGUCUCGAUAUUCCCAAAGACAAGGCCCGUGACCGCAGACUCCGUCUCAUCGCAAAGCAAAAGGAGAUGUUCGGACACAGCCAAGAGGUAUAUCAACUGGGAAAGGAGAAGCACGAACGUGCUAGGGACGGUGUCCUGGCUGCCCAACGUCAGCAGUUCAACAAGGGUCUUCUUGCGGGUGUCGAAUACGACGAGAUGAUGAUGGAGUUUGAGAUGGAGGACUCCGAUUACCUGCUCAUCACAAUACUACAGAAAGCCAUGAGCGACGACUGGCAAGAUGCGGCCUUCUCCUCCAGGCACAUACACAACAAUAGAGGCAACAAAUCCAAACGCAGCACCUUCGACGUGCGCAAAACAUUCGGCAGCUAUGAAGUGAAAUGUCCGGCAUGGCAGAAACUAGAGGAUGUGUCUUCCGAUCAAGCCGCAUCGUUGGAGCUCUAUCGCAUGACAGAAAACGGCGAGGGCGUCGUCGGUGAACUCACAAUGCCCGGUGCACUGAUAGCCGCAGUCGUCCUAGCCGCCAGCCGAGAAAGCCUGCGGCGAACAGUCGAAAUAGUUGAAGACGAGGACGACGACGAAGAUGAAGACGAUGACGAGGAAGAAGACGAGGAAGAACCCAACCGCUUCGAAACAUUCGAAAAGAACAGUUUCCGCUCCCCGAAAUUCUGGUUCCGAUGGAGCGGCACGCCAACAUCCCUGCGACCAUCAAGUCCCAAACUCAGCAGGAAGGCUAGCGAGAGCGAUGACGUGGAGACUGGACUGGGCUACAUCGUCUUCGUUGGUAACGAUUGUCGCAAGUUCAAAGGCACACUGAAUUGCGAGGCGUUGAGUUGGAAGGACGUCGCGAUUACUGGACAUAAGAUCGCUGCGAGGUCGGAGUCGGAUGUACCGGUGGCAUGGGGUCGGGGUCGCGUGGCCAUAUAG